AUGAGCAAAUCGCUACGUAUCCUUGUCCCGGUCAAAAGAGUCAUUGACUACGCGAUCAAGCCCAGAAUUAACAAAGCUGGCACGGGCGUCGAGAAAACGGGUGUCAAGUUCAGUAUGAACCCGUUCGACGACAUCGCCGUUGAAGAAGCGGUGCGGCUCAGGGAGAAGCACAAAAACCUGGUAGAAUCCGUGCACGCGGUGUCGAUUGGACCCGCUAAGGCGCAGGAUAUCCUGAGAACCGCUUUGGCAAAAGGCGCAGACACUUGCACGCUCAUCGACGCGAAGGAAGCCGAGCUGGAACCUCUCGCGGUCGCAAAAGUGCUCAAGCGAGUCGUCGAGGCCCAGAACGCGAACCUGGUCAUCCUGGGCAAGCAGAGCAUAGACGACGACUGCAACAACACGGGCCAAAUGCUCGCUGGACUGUUGAACUGGCCGCAGGCGACAAACGCAGCGAAAAUCGAGUUGGACGCGGCCCGCGGCCGCGUCCAAGUCACCAGAGAAGUUGACGGCGGUGAAGAAAUCGUGAGUGCAGCUCUGCCCAUGGUGGUGACGACAGAUUUGCGUCUGAACACGCCCCGCUACGCGACGCUACCCAACUUGAUGAAGGCCAAGAAAAAGCCCAUGGAAAAGCUGACGCUCGCAGAUUUUGGCGACGUGGACACGCAGGCGCGGCUCCAGACUUUGAAAGUCGAAGAACCUGCCACUAGAAGUGCAGGCGUUAAGGUCGGCUCUGUUGACGAGCUUGUCGAGAAACUGAAGGCUGCCAAAGCCAUCUGA